AGUCAUCGUUUGAUUGGUGUCUGUGAAACAUGUCUGGAAGAGGCAAAGGCGGUAAAGGACUCGGGAAAGGAGGCGCUAAGCGUCACCGUAAAGUUUUGCGCGAUAAUAUCCAGGGAAUCACCAAACCCGCUAUCCGUCGUCUGGCUCGCCGCGGCGGGGUCAAGCGCAUCUCCGGGCUGAUCUACGAGGAGACCCGCGGAGUGUUGAAGGUGUUUCUGGAGAACGUGAUCCGCGAUGCCGUCACUUACACCGAGCACGCCAAGAGAAAGACCGUCACCGCCAUGGAUGUUGUGUACGCGCUGAAGAGACAGGGACGCACCCUGUACGGCUUCGGGGGAUAAACGUCUGAAAUCAGGAGAAACUACUCAAACCCAACGGCUCUUUUAAGAGCCACACACUCUGACACAUAAAGAGUCUUGCCACAUAAGUGUUAAAGA